AAACUAGCUAACUUUUUGCCUGUUCACACCUGAAAUUUGUCAUUUCAGUCGAUGUUGAACGUUGCUAAUAAAACUCAAUAUUAUCUCCGGGUUGUAACCUAGUGUAACGUUAGCUUGGGUAGCUCGUUUCGUUGACAUGCUCUGUCCAGCUGAUGUUACGUCCGUGCUUGACAGCUCAAAUUGGGGGUUAAGGCCUAACUGACUGCGCUAGCUUCAUCUAACUUCAGUGAACCUAUCUGUAUGUUGUCAGUGUUUAAAGGGCAGUGUCGUAAGCGUCAGCGACUUGCAGGCUCCUCAGCAGAGGCUCUUGUCAGUCUGAAAGAAGGGAGUUUGUCCAACACUCUUAAUGAAAAGAACAGCUUCCCAAGAGCUCACAACACCAGGGGACGACAUUCCUCCCUCACGAUGGACACGCCCACACGGAGCUCAAAAAGGAGCCGUCUGUUUCGGGAUGAAGAUGAGCAGCCCCAACAGCGUGUCCCUUCCAGAUCCCCUCGAAGGAGCCAAAGGGUCAGCACCACACCACAGAAAUUUUCAAACGUGGUCACACCAGAUAAAAAGGCAUCCCAGAAAAUCGGGCUGAGAUUAAGAAACCUACUUAAGCUACCUAAAGCUCACAAAUGGUGCAUCUAUGAAUGGUUCUAUUCCAAUAUUGACAGGCCUCUCUUUGAGGGCGACAAUGAAUUCUGCCUGUGUCUCAAGGAGUCUUUCCCAAACCUGAAAACAAGAAAGUUGACAAGGGUUGAGUGGGGAACCAUCAGGAGACUGAUGGGGAAACCUCGACGGUGUUCGUCUGCAUUCUUUGCUGAGGAGCGGACAGCGCUGAGGCAGAAGAGGCAGAAGAUGCGCCUGCUCCAGCAAGGAAAAAUGUCUGACGUGUCAAACUGCAAAGACCUUCCAGAUGAAAUCCCCCUGAGACUCAAUAUAGGAACAAAAGUCACUGCUCGACUCCGAGGCGUCCAUGAUGGGUUGUUCACAGGGCAGAUCGAUGCAGUGGACACCAGCGCUGCCACCUAUCGUGUCACUUUUGACCGCAGUGGCCUGGGAACACACACUGUGCCUGACUUUGAAGUCCUGAGCAAUGAGCCCAAUGAGACCAUGCCCAUUUCAGCUUUUGCCCAGAAGCAUCGGACGACACGCUACAUGCAGAACCUCAUGACUCCGCCUAGAGGGCCUUACCCGUCCGCUACCACUCCUGUCCUCAUGGAGAGUGACCCUCUCAUCAACCAGUCACCAUGGAGGAACAAACUACCAGGUGCUGAGGGAGAUACUCUGGGAGGAUUUCCUGUCAAGUUCCUUGUCCAAGUGACAAGACUGUCCAAGAUUCUAAUGAUCAAGAAGGAGCACAUCAAGCACUUGAAAGAAAUGAACACAGAGGCAGAGAAAAUGAAGUCGUACUCGAUGCCUAUUGACCUCGACUUCCAGAAGCGAUAUGCUACCACAGUACUUGAGCUCGAGCAGCUCAAUAAAGAUCUCAACAAGGUGCUUCAUGAAGUUCAGCAGUUCUGCUGUGAUCUUGCUCCAGAUCAGGGCAUGGUUCCAGCUGACCACCCCACAGAGCUGCGGCGGCGUUGUGAAGAAGAGGCCCAGCAGAUGGUGCAGCUGAGCAACUCGACGAAGGACGGACAGCAGAGUGUGACCAACCCCAGCCUCACACACCUUAUCUCCCGACUCACGGCCCUGCUGCUACAGAUAAAGUGUCUGGCAGACGGCGGAGACCUGAAUUCAUUUGAGUUUAAAUCUUUAACAGACUCACUUAAUGACAUCAAGGCAUCUAUUGAUCCCUCCAACCUCAGUUGCUUCCAGAAUAAUGUCGAGAUCCAUGUGGCACACAUCCAGAGUGGCCUUAGUCAGCUGGGCAACCUUCACGCGUUUGCAGCAAACAACACCAAUGCAGUCUGAGUGCCUGCAUCAUCCACACCACACGCAGGUGCACGCACACACAGAGUUGUGGGCCAUUUUACUUUUGAGAUGGUGCUCUCACCUGAACUGUUAGAAGGCUGCAAAGGCAAAAAAAAAGUUCCCGUGAAUGUUGUGAACCACCACCUGAAUGAGGAUGUCCCAGUGAAACGACUCGGAGCCCUGCCCAGACUCCUGAGGCUUUGUGCUGAUGCGAGGGAGGAUGUCAAAAGUGUUUUACCCACCUGUUUUAGUGUAUGAAAAUGUUGGCGCACCCAAUCAAACACAAACCUGAAAGAGUCUUAAACUGUUUCCACAAGUUUGAAUCUCCAAACUCAAUGGUUAUUUAUUGGUUUCAUGUGCCAAACAUUGAUUCUUACAGUUUUUAUAGUCCAUAUUUAUUUAUUUUUAGUAGAUGUGUAUGGUUCUGAAACAAUAUUUUGCUAUUUCUGAAGUUCCACCCCCCCACCCCCCUGUAAGUGUUGUGUUCUGUUGCUCCACUGAUGGUAAGCACAGGGAGGCUAAAGAAUGUUUUAUAAAAUUGUUUAUUGUAGAUAAUUGUACAAUAUCUCUGAUUAUUAGGACUAUUGUCAACAUUUCUGCUGUGUACUCAGAAAUGGAUUUUAUAAUUUUGUGUGCACUGAAAAGAGAUUUUGGUAUUUUUAUAAAGGAGAACUCUGGGGUUUUGAUGCCUUUACCCCCUAAGAUGAUCUUAGCAUUUCCAUAUUUGGCAUGGCUGUUGCUGCAACCCCCCCCACACACACACACACUAAGCCUGCAUCACUGAUGUAACCUCUGAAGUCAAGUCAACAGUUUUUCCUAGAGAAUCUCCUUUUUCAGUUUUGUAAAGUUGUAUAUGAGAGUGCCUCAGGGCAGUUGUAUAUAAAUGUUUCUGUCUUUUUAUAUUAAACAUAAUAUUGCAAAGCA